AUGAGGAAAUUCAUCUUAAUAACAGUUUUACUUCUCUGCAGCCACAGCUGGAUCUGUGAGUCUCAGACUGUGGAGGUCCAGCAGGGUGAAGAUGCCACUCUGCUGUGCUCCAACAUUUCUACAUCUCCAACCCAGACGGAGUGGUUCAGAGUGGUGAACAGAACCAAACCCAGCUGUAUCUCUGCCAUGUAUGGAGCUGAAGGUGAAGCUUCACUCUGUGAUGGAUUAAAAGAUGGAAAAUUUGAGAUGAGCGCCAACAUGUCAACUGUCUUUCUGAGGAUUAAACAAGUGGAUUUCUCUGAUUCUGGUCUGUAUUUCUGUGGAUUCUACGUAAAGGGACAUAUAGUCAUUGUCAGUGUAGCAGAGUUAAUGGUUCAAGGUGAAAAUGAAUCCAUUGAUGGAGCCGAUUUGAACUCAGAAAAAGCUGAUGGAUCUACAGACAUGAUGAAGGUGAUCCUGGGUGCUCUGACUGGUUUCCUCACUGUAACAGUCGUUGUUCUGGCCGUCAGAGUCUGGAGACUUCAGAAAGCUGCGAAUGAGGAGGCACAGCCAGGAAGAAGUGACGUGAGAACAUUUUAUUUAACUAAACUAAGGAGUGUUGUCACUGAGCAAGCCGUCCAGCUGAUGCCCCAGCUCAUCGCCCAGUUUAACCCUUCAUCUGGAACUCCCUGA